UUUUUUGAGGUAAAGUUGGAGCUUGUAGAGUGCUCGUGGGAGAUUUGGGCUUCGUUCUCGUGCUCGGUCUCGCCUCGAGAGGAAACGGAAGCGAAUUCGGCAUGUUUCGACUUCGAGUAUUGAUGAGGUGAAGUUAAUAGGAGAGAGAGAGAGAACAGAACGGCAUAUGAGAAGGCGGAGCUUGGUUUGGUUAUGAAGCAGAGAGGAGGAAAGGGGAGCUGAAAUCGUGGGAGAUCUCAGAGCAAGGUGGCUUUUGGCUUCUUGCUUUAUUGAGUUUGGAAUUUUAUGGUCUUGCUGAACGUUUGCGAAGGAUGGUGGGAGAUGCUUUGUACGAGGAGCUAUGGAGGGCUUGCGCGGGGCCUUUGGUCGAGAUACCUCGCGUUGGAGAGAGGGUUUAUUAUUUUUCUCAAGGUCACAUGGAGCAGUUAGAAGCAUCGACUAAUCAGGAGCUGGAUGAGCGGAUUCCACUCUUCAAUCUUCCCUCCGGAAGAUCUAAAAUUCUUUGUCGCGUUAUAAACGUAGAGCUCAGGGCUGAGCAUGAAACAGACGAAGUUUAUGCACAGAUCACUUUGCUUCCGGAGGCAGAUCAAAGCGAGCUGAGUACAGCCGAUCCUUGUCUCCCAGAGCUACAGAGGCCGGUGGUUAAUUCGUUUUCCAAGAUUUUAACGGCCUCAGAUACAAGUACGCAUGGGGGGUUUUCAGUUCUCCGCCGCCAUGCCAACGAGUGCCUUCCCACACUGGAUAUGUCGCAGCCAACUCCAACCCAGGAGCUGUGUGCCAAAGACCUUCAUGGCUAUGAAUGGCGAUUCAAGCACAUUUUUAGAGGGCAACCUCGAAGGCAUUUGCUCACUACUGGAUGGAGUACCUUUGUCACUUCCAAGAGAUUAGUGGCUGGGGAUGCAUUUGUUUUCUUAAGAGGAGAGAAUGGAGAGUUACGCGUUGGUGUUAAGCGCGCUUCUUGUCAGCAGAGCACAAUUCCAUCAUCUGUGAUCUCGUGUCAAAGCAUGCAUCUAGGAGUGCUUGCCACUGCAUCUCAUGCUGUGACGACUCAAACAUUGUUCACUGUUUGCUACAAACCAAGAAUUAGUCAGUUCAUUGUUGGCGUGAACAAAUAUUUGGAAGCUAUCAAUAACAAGUUUUCUGUGGGGAUGCGAUUCAUGAUGAGAUUUGAGGGAGAAGAUACACCUGAAAAGAGGUACAAUGGAACUAUUGUUGGUGUUGGAGAUAUGUCUUCUCAGUGGGAAGGUUCGAAGUGGAGACAGCUAAAGGUUCAAUGGGACGAACCAACCAAUAUUCAGCGACCUAACAGGGUUUCUCCAUGGGAAAUUGAGCCUUACAAUCCCUUAGCGUCUAAUGUCAGCGCACCACCGCCUUUGUGUACUAAGAGCAAAAGGCCCAGGCCAUCUUUUGACCUCACAGACCCUUCACCUUCAGAUGCCUCUUCACCUUUCUGGUACUCAGCAGCUGCUCGCACAUGUGAUUUGGGUCCUUUAUCUACUCCAGUUAUAUGGCCACCAAGAACAAAGGCUGCUGAUAAGGGAAACAACACGAUCAAAACACCAAAUUUUAACAGCUGUGAUAGAUGGUUGAAGGAGCAGCCUUCUUCCUUCAUUGCUUCAACAUCUUCGUAUAAUGACGCCUCUCUGAAGCUAUUUCAGGAUGCAGCUCUGGAGACCAAGGUUACCUUUCCCAAUACACACUCAAUAACAAGUCAAAUACUUGAGGAUCCAGCCAAAAAAAUGUCUUCGGGCACGGAUGAAUCAAAGAAAUCUGAAAAUUGCUCUGCCUACCGCUUAUUUGGAAUCAAUUUGGUUAAUCUCGUCAAUUCUUCAGCAUCUUCGACCAACAAGAAAACUGAAGCUGCAGUUAUUGAGCAUCCUCAAGUUCAUGUAACUUCUAUUGAGGAGUCAGAUCAGCUUUCUGAACUAUCAAAAAGUUCGAAGAGUUCAAAACUGGCUGUUCAGGUUUCUCAAAAGGAGAUCCAGAGCAGAACGAGCAGUUCCACCAGAAACCGUAUUAAGGUUCACAUGCAUGGAGUUGCAGUAGGCAGAGCUGUAGACCUCAUGCAUUUGGGAGGGUAUGAUGAGCUGAUAUCAGGGCUGGAAAAGAUGUUUGAGAUCAGUGGAGAGCUUUGCCAGAGAGAUAAAUGGGCUCUGGUGUUCACUGAUGAUGAGGGCGAUAUGAUGCUUGUUGGUGAUGAUCCUUGGCCGGAAUUCUGUGACAUGGUGAGGAAGAUAUACAUAUAUCCAAGUGAGGAGGUGAAGAAACUGAAUCCUAGCAAAUUUCCUGAACCACCGCCUAAUAAUUUGAAGAUGAAUCAGGAGAGCGUAAUUCUUCCACCUCUCUCUUCAAGACCUGGAAUCUAGCUGAAAGAGAAUCUUCCCAGCCUGGUAUAUUUCAUGUUCAUCUGUCUUCAUCUUCGUUUUUUUUAACUGAAGAUGGGUUCAAGUUUUAAGUGCUUUGAAGCAGAGUAAUGUAGCAGCAACAUCAGCUGCUUUGGAGCUCAAGUUUUUUUCCCCCCUUUUUGAAAAAUUGAGUUUUGUGUUGUUAGAUUAUGAUAACUUUUUUUUUGGGUUUAUUAAGCAUUAGUAAACCAUUAACAUUUCCAUUAGUUUUUUGUUUUUUUUUUUCUUCAAUUACAACUUUCAGAGCCAUCUUAUUUUGUACAUAUGUGAUGUUGAUAUGAAUAAAAAAUCAGUGUUGGUUGUUCUGCGUCA